GUAGCAAUGAAGAAUGUCGCGGCAUGAAUUCGAUUACUGGUGACAUCCAGCAAGUCAUCCAUAUCGCCCGAUAAUGUCAGGGUAUGACAUCGAUAUUUUGACACGCCAUGACGGAGUAUAAAGGCUGACAUGGUUGGCGAUACAAUGAUGGUUGACAGUGGUUGACGAUACUGGUAGGAAGACUGUCAGCCUCCAAUUUCUGGCAUAACUAUAUAAGUGCACCUCCGCCCCCUUGAACACACAGUGUACUGCUUUCAUCUUGCGAUUAUCUUACUGCUUUACCAUGGCUCCCACAUCCACUCUCAUGUUGCUUUCUGCAGUGCAUUCAACCACCAUCCUCUCGGGCCCUUUCGUCACUCCUUCGACCACUCCGCCCCCCGGCACGACUGUCCUUACCUAUGAUCUUUGGAAAGGCGGCCUCGUGUGCUUUGCGGUCGCUAUCGUUUCCGUGGUGGGAUAUUUCUAUCGUCGUCGUCGUAAAGACACUAUAUCCAAGCCCAAGCUACCCGGCAUUAUGCUACCAACUAUUUUGCCUCGUGAUAGCUCAGUGCUUUGCUCGCCGUCGGAUACGCCAUACGAUACAUCUCUGAGCUGCGAUCGUUCAGUACUCCAAUCUGGAAGUAAUCAACUGGUCAAGCAUGUUGCCUCCACAUGCAGCGUUGAAGUAGUUCCCAUGGUCAAAACCGGCACUGCGGAGAUCAACCUAAUUAAUCAACUGCGUGUCGGAAAGUAUGGGGAGGUAGACGUUACGGAGGCAGACUGCGAUUGUGGAGUCCAGCUUUCGGUCCCUACUAUCGCUAUAACUGUCGCCGACGAAGAUUUCGUCAGUCCAUUGUCUUUCCAGAGCGCUUUAGGUCUGUUCGACAAGAACGAGGACGGACCUAAGCAUGAGGAAUUCGAUGACGAUAUCUCGAUUUACUCUUCGGAAUCGGCAGAUGCCUCUCUUCAUGAUUCCCUGCUGUCAGAGACUGCCGGACAACACGUAAACGUAACCGUCCCCGAAAUCACCUGCGAGUAUUACAUGACUGUCGUUGCAUGCGAGUGGCCUGCUCGAUCGUACAACUUUGAUAUAUCAGUCGUUGGUACAACGCUUCGCGGCGGUGCCUUCCUUGCUCUACCAGGUUCUCUACCCUCGCCCUCUACCCUUCCUGCUGGGCCACGUUCCCCUGAUGACCGCCGACACGGUCUUGUUGAAAUGUCCGAGUUGGCCAAUGCACUCGCCAUUCAACUCGAUCCUCCUUCCUUGGAUAUCCUGCUUCGGGCAUCCGAUAUGUCUUCCGUCGCUCCCAUUGCCCGUCGCCAUGGUCACGUGGAUUUUAGCAAGUACGCGGAUGUCCUCAACGCGGAAAGCGGUUUCCCCUUGCGAUGUCACCGUUCUCUUGUUGAAACGCAUCUCUUCGGCGAAGAGGAGGACUAUCAAGAGAUCAACUCCCGCCUAAUGGACGAUCUUCUGCAGUCUAUCGAUGAGGAAGUCGAAUUUUACAAUAGCUUCAUCUGUGAUGAUGAGUGCGACGGCAUCUCUGACGACACUUGUUCAGCAUGGAAACACGCUUCUCCGACACGGGACUACUUGGACUUCGAGGACGAUACUCGUGCUUUUAACGCCCAUGAAGAUAACAACUUGCCCCUGCAGGUAAAUGGCUGCAACGAGCAGCUUUCUUCAACGCCCGACUAUCCAGAAUCUCUAGGUGACGAAGAGCAGAUCUUUCUAGGCUCUUCCGAGGGCUGCGUCCUACGCUCCUGUUCAAAACAGGGUGAGUACGGUUCCGACGACAAGCUCACAUCAGAUCUUCAGCAGCUCUCGGCGGUCGAGUCGGAAACAUAUCUCAACCAUGUUUCUGGUGGUACUUCAGAGUCCGCGAUUCUCGACCUUAUCCGACUUCUUGACGAACAGACUGUUCAUCACCAACAGCCCGUUCACGAUUCGAUCCCAGAAGUCAAUAGCGAUGGCUUCGACCUCCUUCGGUUCGUCAAUGAGGACUUGCGGCUUUCUACAGAUGACAAAUAUCCAAUCGUCGACUUCGACUGCGACGAUGAUUGCGAAGACGACAAUUACCCCAGGUUUGUCGCGACCGCAUCCGACUCAAAGUCCUCGUUGUCGGAAACUGAAGACGAAUCUAUCGACGACUAUGACUCGGCUCCCUCCCUGGCUUCCGCCUCGGACAUAGACUCAGAGGAUGAGGAAGUCAUCAUUGCUCCAAUGACAGGUCACACCAGCACCAGCCCCUUCCUCUCCGGUUCUAAUCAUCGUCGCUCACCCGCUGGAUGCUUCUUCGUUACCCCCGCCACCCCGACUCGAUGCGGCUACCUGAUUGAUGCAUGCCCAUGUAUCAAUGUCACUGAUGGUGAACCACGAACGCGGAGUUUCUGCGAGUCCUUCGUUGAGGUUCCGUUCACCGACGAAUGUUGGUCUGGGAUCCCGCUCGAUGUCAGUCUCGCGUACAUGGGACUCUCGAAGCUCGACCCUGAUCUUCGAUUCAGCGGCAAUACCAUAACGCCGCAGAAUCUUGUAUCGAGGUCGAGGAGCUCUUCCGGAACCGGAUCGACAGGGCGAUCUAUCAAGGGCAUAUCCCGAUCUCUGGACCUCCAUAUCUCCACUAUCGACUUCACCUCCCAGUUCCAACCCUAACGCAAUAUUCCUUCCAACACAUAUCACUUCCCUCAUCUUUCCAGCAGCAGUUUUUCUCGGAC